CUAACAUUAGCAAAACAAGCAGUGUUCACCGAAGGCGAUAAUUUGGAUUUGUUGGGAAUCGAGUAAAAGCAGAGCUGAAUCUUCCAGGUUGACGUCAGCGGAUGUGACCAACGUUAUUUAAAAUUAAAGUCAAUAUCGAGUAUGUAUCAUUUAAAUAAUUGUCAUCAAAACACAUUCAACGGCGGUUUGAUUUCCUAACGAUAUAACGUUACAUCAGUCGAGCAAAGGAGUUUUGGCUGUAACAUAACAUUAGCCAGAAGAAACCGGCGCAGGAAAAAAAAUCUGGUUUCGGCAACUGUUGGUCUUCACUGGCCAAAGAAUGACAGUUUAAGAUAACAGUCUGGUUAAAUUAUAAAGCCUCGCAUUUCCCGUCGAACACGGCGUGUAUAAUUAUCCCCGACUAAAUCACAAAUGUCUACCUUAUCAUGUCCUACUCUUGAAGUCGGCGAACAAGCUCGGUGUCUCGUCUGCGCUCGAGCGGCGGCUGAUAGAAAUGCCAACGCGACUCCACUGAUUUCCCUCUUCAGCUUCCGUUAACAGCCGAUCUGGUUUUUCAACAUUGCUGGCGUGACAACGGCUGUGGCGUCAUGGCGCCAGCAUGUUAUCUUACGGGAGUAUCAGUUACCUGCGCCAGUGCGCGCGUUCCCGAGGGCUGCUCGCAGUCCAGCAUCUCAAAGCCAGUCGAGGGGAUCCGGGUGGAGUUAUUUAAAACCGGAGAGAUAUGGACGAGGAAGCUCAGGACCGCGAGUGUCCGGUGUGUUACGAGAGUCUUUCGGACAGCGCCAGGGCGCUCAGCUGCGGGCAUCACUUCUGUCAUGACUGCUUAGUGCGAACUCUGGUCAACACCAGUCUGAACGGAUCCAUUAAACGGGAUACUAUCAUCUGCCCCGUCUGCAGACACCUGACAUUCAUCACAAAGCCCCAUGGAUUCACACUCUCAACGGCUGAAGCCAAAAGGAUUGGAAAGACAUUGGAGGUACCAUCUAAACCCACUCUUGUACUCCCUGUUGGGACUGAUACUGGAGGUCUUAGCUGUAUCUGCAGGUGUCUAAGGAGAAUUUCAUGUAGACUAUGUAGACGAAGACUCGUCUGUCCUAAAGAUGCUUCAGAAGUGUUCAUCAUCAGUGAGUUGGGUCGACCCAUGACAGAGGGUGAUGUUAUUGACAUUGGGACAACUUCAGCCAUGCAGCAGGACUACAGCAGCAAUGGACAGAGACUUUGCACCAUCUCCUGCUGCCUUCUGGUCCUAAUGAUCACUUUCACCUUACUGGCACUGGUGGCUGCCACACUUCCAUGGGUUUUGCUGGCUUAAAGUGUCCAG